AUGGAACUGAAAAUAAACAUCGACGGACUGGAACGAAGUGUUUCUGGUGUGACAGAAAACACAACUUGCUCCCAAAUAAUAUAUGCCCUCGCUCAUGCAACAAGCCAACGAGGUCGAUUUGUAAUGGUGGAAAAAUAUAGAAAUGUGGAACGCCGAUUGGCACCGAAUGAUCGACCUCUUGAAACAUUACGAAAAUGGAGGGAACACGCCGCAAACGUCACAUUUCAAAUGCUUCGUGUCGAUCAAAACGAUGCAAUUUGUGAUCUAGUAGGCGAGACGUUGCCUCCCGAGCCAUCCAAGCCGUAUGUCCCACCCAAACAGACGUCAACGAGUAGUAUGAUCACUUCGUUACCAGGAAGAAGUGCGGCGGGCCAGCAGCUUGAAAAUGGACAAAGAAGCACUAGUUCGUUGCCAACUUACGCUUCGGCAGGUGGUGUCACUGGCACUCUCGGACGCAACACCAGACGGCCUCCGCCACCAGACUACAUGUCAGUCAUGGAGAAAAAGAAUAUCAUGAUGGGUGCUACACUUCCAAAAAAAGAGGAUUUUGAAAACUUUGAGAGAGCUGAUGUCAAGAAGCUAUCGGAGACCAUGAAUCAACAAGAAAUUGCUGAUUAUCUUGUCCAGGAAGAGGAACUUCGUCAACUCCUGAAACAACAGAAAAAUCUUCGUGCAAUUUUAAAACCAAUGAUUUCUGCCAACUGGCCUCAACAAUACCAACUUGAGUUGAAGAAAUCACAUAAACUGAAAGCAUCAUUGGCUGCAACCAAGGAAGCAAUUAGCAAAACUAAUAGUGAUAUCAAACGUGUCGAGGAAACCGAAAGAGAGUUGCUGAAGAAAUUGACGGAAUUCAAAAAACAAGAUGAGAAUGGAGGAGACGAGAAUUCCGAACUUUCGGAAACGUCAUUUGAUUUGGGUUGUCCAUCGACUGGAACUUCCACACCACAAACAUUAAUUGCCUGA